ACGCGACGAGCUUCGACGAGCUACAGAUCGUGAAUGGCUAGUGCAGUCAUAAAACGAAAUUUCUUUGGUAAGUCUUAUUCUUUUUGUAGGGUACGUGAGAGUGAGCGUUAACAAGCAGUGUACAUAAUAUUUUAAUGCCCGAUAGCCCGUCAAUGCUGCAAAUUGAUCGCGUGACCUGAAGAGCAGCUCAAAGCUUAAGUACCGGUAAAUUGAAAUAAUCUCUUAAGAAAACUGACUCCCGUCUAAAUGAACCAGCAGCAUAUAGUUCCAUUUAGGUUCAUCAUAAUAGGGAAAAUGAACUGGAACUUGAUGAACCCUAAUAAUUACAUGUACAGUGCAAUUAAAAUUCAGAGUCAAUCAUUCGGUUUUCGGCGUUGUGCUAAUUAACCCUAUUACAUAAGCACUUGUUUCCAUAUCUCAAACCGCCCUUGGAUACCUUGUGAUGCCUACACAAAGUAAUUUCAUACCUAUGAGUGAGCCCUGACAAUACUGAUUAGGGUUAAGCACAGAUAUUACUGAUGAGGGUUAAGAACUGAAAAUACUGAUCAGGGUUAAGCACUGACCAUACUGAUUAGGGUUAAGCACUGAAAAGACUGAUUAGGGUUAAUGGUUAGCUUCUAUUUAGGGUUGGGGUUUUCGCUAUGGUACUUAAAUCAAACUUGUUUCCUGCAGCGGAUCCUCGGUGGUCUAGUGCUGAGGACAUGAGGAGACUGCGGACCCGGUACUCCGUGAUCGAAUCCUGCUUGUAUUUAUGGAAAUUCUUUUUUCCUUUAAAAUUAAAGAGACUUCCACUUUGACAACAUUUGUUGAACAGAAACUGAGUCAAGAAACUUAGAAAUUUCAUGUAAGUGUAAGUGAAAAGGGAGAGGGUGGUUUGAGAUAUGGAAACAAGCACUCUCGCAUUACAUGGAAGGGACAGUGAGCUUUGUGUGACAGAGGAAGAGCCAUAACUGAAUUAUGGAGGGGUAGGGGCUGGGGUUACUUGAACUAUGUAAGUUUGGGGACACCCAGCAGGUAUAUAACACUUUCUAAAGCUACAUGCAAACAGACAAAGUAACUGCCAACAUUGGUGGGCCAACAAUGUUGGGAGUUGUUGGGUCUGCAGUCACAGUGGUGUGCAAAGAGACGCAACAACUCCCAACAUUGGUGGGCCAACAAUGUUGGGAGUUGUUGGGUCUGCAGUCACAGUGGUGUGCAAACAGACGCAACAACUCCCAACAUUGGUGGGCCAACAAUGUUGGGAGUUGUUGGGUCUGCAGUCACAGUGGUGUGCAAAGAGAUGCAACAACUCCCAACAUUGGUGGGCCAACAAUGUUGGGAGUUGUUGGGUCUGCAGUCACAGUGGUGUGCAAACAGACACAACAACUGCCAACAUUGGUGGGCCAACAAUGUUGUGAGGUGUUGGGCCUGUAGUCACAGUGGUGUGCAAACAGAUGCAACAACUCCCAACAAUUUGUUGACCUGCAGUGUAUUGUGGGAGGGAUACAGGCUAUAAGACUUUGGAGACCAUGUGUAAUGUGCAUGCAUGGUCCCAUUAUUGUUGAAGGAGCUGUGCAAAUGGAUGCAACGUUGUUGUGCUAUGCCUCGGCGAUCAUAAAACAAAAAAACAUGAAACAAAAAAACCCAUGUUGGGAGUUGUUGGGCAACAACUUGCAACAGGGUGUCCAAACAGGUGCAACAUGUACCAUCCAAUGAUGCUGGGAGUUGUUGGCCAACAAUGUUGUGUCCAUUAGCAUGGGGCUUAACUUUCAAAUAUUAAUAUUGGAAUCUACUGCCUAUGGGGAGCAAGGAUAGAGGUAUAAAUACAUAGUUAAUUAAGUAUGUUUUUUUUGUUUCAGAUAAAUAAAGAUAAAACAAUUAUUGUUUUAUCCUCUAAUAAGUUCUAGCAUAUUUCAAAGAAAGGAAAAUAAAAGAUGCUUGGAGUCUCUAAUGUGAUUUCACCACAGUCACUGUCCAAUCUACUGGGAAAGCAAUGGUACAGAGUCAAGGCUGCACUGUGUAUUAUGUUGUUAAUGGCAGCAAUGCCACUCUGUUUUAUCUUCACCACUUGUGUCUGGUUGUUUGGUAGAAAGUCUGAACAGCAUGACUAUCUUGAAGCAUCUCUUAGACGAACUGUGUUAGUGUCAGGAUUAGCCCACACAAAGGGUUUACAUAUUGCCAAAACACUGGGAAAGGCUGGUCAUCGUGUAAUUUUGGCUGACUUAGAAGAAUUUGGUUGUUCUGCUGCACAAUGGUCUUGCUUCAUUUCAAAGUUCUACACAGUCCCAGAUUUAAAUUCCCUGGAUGGCAAUGAGGCUUAUAUCAAAGGAAUGAUUAAUGUUGCAAAGACAGAGAAGAUUGAUUGGUACAUCCCAGUGAGCCAUACAAAAACAGCCCUUUCUGACUCAAUAAUCAAACAGCGUCUUGCCGAGGUGAAUCCGCAAAUCAAAUGUCUGACUUUUGAUGAUCCAAAAUUGACAGCCAUUCUUGAUGAUAAGCUUCUUUUUCUAGAAGAAUGCCACAACCUAAAUCUGAGGGUACCUUACUUUAAAAAAGUACAUAGCUUGGCAGAGGUCCGUGAGGUGGCCAAGAAAGGGCUGUUUCUGAACUCCAAAUCACAUUACUUUUUGAAACCUCUGAAGCCAUACUCUGAAGACAGACUGAACUUCACCCCUAUACCAAGCGACUUUACUGAAUUUGAGAAGUUCUUAGCUAACUAUGAAUCAAAGCUUAAUUGUGACAAUCCAUAUCUGGUUCACCAGUUUGUAAAAGGAAAAGAAUUUGCUGCCAAUGCCAUUGUUUCCAAAGGAAAUCUUCAAGCUUUUCAAGUCUGUCCUUGUUCACCAAUGCAAAUUGACUAUGAUGUUACCAAACACCCUGAGAUAAAGAAAUGGGUGGAAGGGUUUUGUAAAGCCAAGAAAAUCACUGGUUGUAUUUGCCUCGACUUCCUUGAAGAUGACGACUCUGGCGAAGUUUAUUGCAUAGAGUGUAAUCCACGUCUUCACUCAUGUGUGGUUUCUUACCAGAUGAAGCCAAAUCUUGAAGCAGCCAUACGUGGAGCUAUGGAAGAUCAAUUCCAGUUACCAACGCCAUCAGAGCCAUCAGCUUCGUCAAAACAUGUCUAUUGGUUGUACAAUGAAAUUGCCAAACUUGGCCUUUUUCAGCAGGGAAUAGGAGAAUUCAUUUACACCUUGAUAAAUGGUAGAGAUGCAGUAUUUGAUGCAAGUGAUCCAUGGCCUUUCUUCAUGCUUAAUCACUACCAAAUGCCUGUUAUGCUGUUAAAGGCGUUCAUGAUCGGAAAAAGAUGGACAAUUACGAACUACUGUCUAGGACAACUACGAUAAACAUUUCUCCCGUUUUUUGAUUUGUCCAAAAAUAUAUUUCUAAGAAUUGUGUUAAAGAAAUUUUUAGAAUUGUGUUAUAGAAAUUGACAGUGUCAAUUUUCUCUGUGUCAGCCAGUGGCUAAGUUAUGUGGGGGAGUCUUACUUGAAAAGGGGUGCAAGAAAAAACUCAGUUUUAGAGGAUCAAAGACCACGACUUGAUAUAUUUAUGAAUUGCCUGUUAGUUUAAUAUAAUUAGUGUUACAGUUUGCAUUUGCUUGCUAACAGUAUACAAAUAACGUUAACAGAAUUGUCAAAAAGGUUUAGGAUGUAGGCUGGCCUCCCAGAUAAUUAAGUAGCUAUUCAAUAAUGGGUAUUGUUAUAAUGUCUU